ACCUGCAAUAUUCAGUGUUAUUUUUCUUCUAUUUCCAAAUAAUACGUGUACAUUUCAAUCGAUCUCGUUUGCUCUGAAAUCUUACCACAUUACCAACGGAGAAGGGCAUUUCAACAGAUUCAGCAAUGACCAGCAGUGUGGAUAGCACCGACGCCAAGUUCUUUGUGCGGUCGUUCAUUCGCUUCUUGUCGGGCCAGAUCGAGCAACCAAACUUCAACGAAGACUCCCGGGAAAGCAUCGAGGUCGCCAUACAGUGUUUGGAAAAUGUGUACGAACUGAACGACGAAUCGGCCGGCGAGGCCGAGAGCAACGUGAAAAAGGAAAAAGAAAACGAUGACCCCCGGAAUCACAUCGAUCUGUACGAGAUGUACCGGAAUACCUUCGUAGUGGUGACACCGGAGCGGAAGCAAGAGGCGGAAGGUCUGAAGAACGACGGUAAUCGGUUGAUGAAGGAAGAAAAGUACCAGGAGGCGUUGAAUACGUACUCGAAGGCAAUUAACCUAGACGCAACCAACCCUGUGUUUUAUUGCAACCGAGCGGCCGCGUACAGUCGGCUCGGAGACUAUAGCCGUGCCGCGGACGAUUGUCGGAUGGCUCUGCGCCACGAUCCAAACUACAGCAAAGCCUGGGGCCGGCUUGGGCUGGCCUACUCGAAGAUGAACCAGCACCAGCAGGCCAUCACGGCUUACCAGAACGCGAUCCGGCUCGAACCGGAUAACCAAGACUAUAAGAACAACUUGAGCGUUUCCCAGCAGCACUUGGUAGAACCCCCACGCAAUGCCGCUGCUUCCGGGGGUAUUCCGGAAGGAUUGGAUCUGGGUGCUGUACUAAACAAUCCCGAUUUGGUGCGAAUGGCCGCCAGCAUGAUGGGCGAUCCGUCUAUACAGAACAUGCUUGGCCAACUAGGUGGCAUGAACAACAUGGACGCACUGUUGGAUACGGGUCGACGUCUGGCUCAGGAGAUGAGCAGCCAAAAUCCAGACCUGUUCACCAACGUGUUGCGUCAGAUGGAACAGGCCGGCGUUAAUCUGCAGCGUAAUAAUCCACCAAACCCGGAUGGCUCCGGAAACCCGCCGCAACCGCCACCGCCAUCGUCCUCCUAAACGGCUCUCCCGUGCGCCAGAGGUUGCAUGCAUUUGUGCGUAGCAGUUAGUUUCUUUGAAAGUAAUCCCCUAUUAUCAGUCACCUAAGGAGAAACAAAUUCAAUACCCUUACCCAUUUAUUUCUCAAUCGACAACGAACCGAAGAAAAGUAUGGUCCCAAGACAAACAAAAUACUAGUAGUACAUGGAAGAAAUUUCACACGUUAACCGUCACGCCGCUCCUUAGGGACUGGAGCUAAACGAACGAGCGUCUAACGAUACAUCAGCUGGUUACAAGUGAACCGAAAAGUGCACGAAGCCGGCGUGGCGUUCAAUGCAUUCAGAAACGUGUAUCUCGUGUGUCGUCCCACAUUGUACUACAGUAUGUUUUUGUUUAGUUGCGAUCCCCGCCGCAAUAUAUGCCUUGGCACACCUUCCUGCAAUUAGCGCCCACCUUACCUUACCAACCAAAGGUCGUGCUUUACUACAAUAAUCGUUUCUUUCUUGACUGUAUGCACCACGAAGACGCUUUGCGGGGUGACGUGUGCCGACGAGCGCCGUAUACAUUUAAAACGGCUUUCACAUUGUAGGUAGAGGUAGCAGGACAAAUGUAAUAAUAAAAAAACGAUUUAAACACUCCACACCA